UAAACUCAGAAAUAUAAAUUGGUGGAGCACAGUCAUAUUAUUCGGGAGCAGAACAACAUUUCGCGUGUUCGACUGCACUUUUCUUUCAUGUUUGCCAAUAAUUCAUUUCUUAUACAGACGUGAUUUAUAAAAUCUGUUGCCUUGAUAUCACUCCGUGUAACUAAGUUCAAUAUACACAACUAAAUAUUUCUAAGGACAAUCAAAAUGAAACCUAUUGUAAAUACAACAACCGCAGCAAGUAAACAAAACAGCAGAUCAAAAAAUAGUUUUUCAGGACAAAAUGUACAAGGACAAGCUCCUGUCAUUGGAACAUUCAUUCCUACAGGUCCUGUUACUAUUGCAAUACCAGCAAAAACUGUAGCAACAGCCGCAGUUUCAGCCAAUCCUCAUCACUUCCCUUCUUCAUUGUCCAAUCAAAAUGGAGUUUCUAGUCAUGUGACCAGCAGUCCGCCACAAGACCCACCUACAACUUCAGUAUUGACCAAUGAGCAAGGCCAAGAAACAAAUCAGCAACUGCAAGGAUCGUCUAGUUUGGCAAACACUAAAGAGAAAACCCCAAUGUGUCUAAUCAAUGAGUUAGCCCGUUUCAACAGGGUGACCCAUCAGUAUACGUUAGUUGACGAACAAGGUCCAGCUCACAAGAAGACCUUUUUCGUCAAGCUACAGAUUGGUGAUAAGGAGGAGUAUUCUGCCUCGGGUCCCAGUAUAAAGAAGGCCCAACAUGCAGCUGCUGGGAUAGCUCUAGAGAAAACCGAGUUCAAGCAUCCACCUCCUAAAUCAAGGAGAGGGGAAAUCAUAACUGAGGUUGAUGAUAUGAUGUCUAUUACACCAACAGUUGAACUCAAUUCUCUGGCGAUGAAAAGAGGAGAACCGGCUAUUUAUAGAAACAUUGAAAACAGAAAUCCACAGCCAAUGUACUACCAACAUAACUAUGACUUCCGGGGCAUGUACAAUCAGAGGUAUCAUUACAUGCGCCCUCCUAGAUCGUUCUAUGUUUCCCUGAAGGUUGGGACUCGUGAAUUCAUCGGUGAGGGUAUAUCAAGACAGACGGCUAGACACAACGCUGCGAAAAAAGCUCUAGAAAUACUACGCAGUUUGAAAAUACCAGAAAAUACGGAACAAAUUACGCAAGAAACCAAUUUUAGUGUUGAACCUACAAAAGACGUUCCUGAUGACGAUGAUGAUACCAAGUCAGAGAUUAGUUUAGUCCAUGAGAUAGCCCUCCGACACAAUCUACCUGUGUCGUUUGAUGUGAUACGAGAAUCCGGUCCACCUCACAUGAAGAACUUUGUAACACAGUGCCUUGUAGGAAGUUUUAAAACAGAAGCCGAGGGUAAUAGUAAAAAGUUGUCAAAAAAACGAGCUGCAGAUUUAAUGCUGAAAGAAUUACGAAAUCUCCCAUCACUGCCUCCAAAUAUACCGAGACCGAAGACAAAACCUCCACCUACAAAGAAAAAGAAUAGAAAUCUAAUCAAGAUGCAGAAAGCAGAUCCUACGUAUGGAGUGGGCAUCAACCCUAUAUCCCGCCUUAUACAGAUACAACAAGCCCAGAAAAAGAAGGAGCCUGUCUACACAUUACUGGCUGAGAGAGGUCUUCCUAGGCGUCGUGAAUUUGUCAUGCAGGUUCAGGUUGAUGAGCAGACUUGUACCGGUGUAGGACCCAAUAAAAAACUUGCGAAGAGGCAUGCUGCCGAGGCCAUGUUACAGUUGCUAGGUUACAAUAAACCCUCACCACAACCUGCCAAACCAGCUAUUAAAAUGCAAGGAGAUACCAGUAUGGGUGAAAAGAAAGUAACAUUUUCUGAUAUUAAUGAUGAACAAG